ACUGGGUGGAGUCUGCAGGUAAUUGAUGCUGAAACUUUGAGGAACAGUAAGCAUUUUUCCCUGCCCUAUCUCUCCCCCAAACCACCACUUCCUCCCCAAAAACCUACUGGGCUGUCCGCUGGAAGGUUUAUUCGCGAGGGCCAGAGGAAUUGCUGAACCCUCCACCGCCCGAAACCUCCCCAAAUGCCUGAACCGAAGAAAAAGGAGAAGUACGUCCUCCUGGACGAUGACUCGGAGUGUGAGACCGAGGAGUUCAAUAAGAUGAAAAUGUCUUGGAUGGACACCCGCUCGGUGAAAGACGGGAAAAAAUACACAACUUGCAGAGCCGGCAGAUGUUCUGCAUGGUGUCAACCACAGUGGAUCUGUCACACUAUCUUCAUCUUUGUCCUCCUCGUUUCUCAAGUAUUUUUGUUUCUGUAUGUACUGAGGCAACAACAGGAGCUAGAAAUAUUAAAACUGGAACGAGGCGUCAGUAAACAACAAGAAGCCAUUCACCAGUUCGACAAGCAACUUUACAAUGAAAUGAACAAAGUGGAAGGAAAUGCAAACAUAAAAUCCGAACCAGAGGAACCACAUGACAAGUUUGCAAAGGUAUUACCCUCAGUCUCCCAAAACAAAACCUUGGCAAAUGGAGAGCCAACUGAAGCACAAGUGUAUAAUUCACAGGAAAUACAAGCUCUGGUUAAGAAAGUUAACAUCAUGCAGGGUAGCAUCAUCCAUAUCAGAGAAAAUCUGAAUUUAAUGCAGGCUAAAUGUGAAGAGUUCGCCGGAAAUGUGGAGGACAAGUCAACCGAUAACCAGGAGUUUUCCAGACUGUACAAAUUGGUGCAGAAAUUGAAUGUGUCUACAGUUUCCAGUACCCUGGAAAUAAAGGAUGAAAUUCAUGAACUUCGCAACCUAACAGCUGAACUCACCCACCAGUUCAGAUCCAUGGAAACAAAUCUGCAUUCUCUUAGAGACCUGACAAACAUACAGGUUACUGAACUAGAACAGUUUGAAGAAUCAUUGGAAAGAAUGCACAACAUGUCAGAGAAUUUGAAAUCUCACCAAAGUCAACUGGAACAGGAUUUGGAUAGCAAUUUCCAACAGAUCUCACAGUUGAAGGAUGAGAUUUAUCAAAGAGAAGAUGCAUUGAAUCAAACAAGCCAGCCCUCUGCAACCAUAGCACAACUCCAAAUUGAAAGUACUCCAUACACACUCCCACAGCAGCUGGAAAGUUCCAAAGUCACAUCAUUAAUGAGCCAUGAGGAUGAUGGAAAACUAGAUGUCCAGACACCUCCCACAGAAAACACCUCACUUAAAUCUGUGCUCAGAAAUAUCAUUUCAAUUCCUUCAAUAACAAAUUUGAAAGCACUGCAGUCCUUUUUCUAUGGUGCAGACUGGACUGGGCAUGGCUACCUAACAUAUAGGGACCUAGUGAAUACUCUUGGUAGAUGGGCACCAACCGAAGAAAACAUUAAACAGUUUGAUGAAAAUAACGAUGACAGAUUCUCCUAUACAGAGAUGAUAAAGGCUUUAGGCCUACAAGAAGAAAUCUGAAAAUCAACUUGAUGAAGAAGAGAUAUCUACACAAUUAUCUUAUCAUUUCAAAACCAGACUAACACCUACAUCAAUGCUUUGCACUAACAUUAAAGGACCUUAUCUAUAGUAGAAAUUAAAGAAAAAAAUAGAAAUGCUAAUACUAGAUUCAGAAAAUAAACUCAUACUAUUUUUAGCAAGGAUAAAAUCUUUGGUUUGAAGCAUCUAAUCCAACAUUUCUUUGCAGUUAGAAUGGUUAAAUAUCGCAGCUUAGGUUUUAAAAAUAUUUUAUGUUGAAUAGUUCCUAUAUUUAAUUUAACAUAUGCUUUGUAGUUAAUAAUUUGUUUCAUAAGUACAUAAUUUGAAAAUGUGUCUAAUUUAACAAAUAAUGAUAUAAAAUAAAAUUCUUGCUUUGAAAAUAAUUUUUCAUUUCAUUUACAACAUUAAAAAAACCUCCUAAAUGUUACAUCUUCAAGCAUUAUGAACUAAGUAUGUGUUCGUCAUAAAUAAAAAAAACUUUUUAAAAUGCA